CGUGGAGCUGUAGCUAGUACAGCAACACGUGAUUGAACGCGGAAGCGGAAACAGAGCAGCGAGUCGCCAACAGCUGAGCAGCAGCCAACUACAGUAGAGCUAGCAGUCAGCUAAUCCAGCUAACCAGCUAGCUACUGGCACUAUGAUGGCGGAGCUGGUGCAGGGACAGGCCUCGAUGAGCCAGCCGGGGCUGAAGUCAGACGGCUUGGCCGAUGCUUUACAGAGGGCCCGGCAGAUGGCUGUGGUCAAGAUGGGCAGCGAACCCAUGUCCCAUCUCAACAGCUCCUCUGCGAGUGUGGAAGCUUCUCUCUACUACCCAGGACAGAAACGACCUGGAGAAGAUGGAGUAGGUAACCAGCUUCAAGCGAUGGGGCAUCAAAGGGUCAUAACGGAAGACUACAGGGUUCCUGACAGGAUGGUCGGUUUCAUCAUCGGCCGCGGGGGCGAGCAGAUCACCAGGAUCCAGCUGGAGUCGGGGUGUAAGAUCCAGAUAGCUGCUGGUGAGGCUUUUCUAACAAUAGACAGUGGAGGCCUGAUGGAGCGGCCGUGCUCUUUGACGGGGACUCCAGAGAGCAUUGAGCAAGCCAAGAGAAUGCUUGCUCAGAUUGUGGACCGCUGUCGGAACGGGCCGGGUUUCCACGGCGACGGCGAGGGUGGGGGCUCUGUGCAGGAGAUGCUCAUUCCAGCCAGUAAGGUGGGCCUGGUGAUUGGCCGGGGCGGAGACACCAUCAAACAGCUCCAGGAGCGGGCAGGGGUGAAGAUGAUGAUGAUACAGGACGGACCCAUGCCCACCGGUGCUGACAAACCACUGCGCAUCUCUGGGGACCCCUACAAAGUUCAGGCAGCCCGGGAGCUGGUCCUGGAGGUGAUCCGCGAUAAGGACCAGGGGGAUUUCAGGUCUGGACGCAAUGACUUCACUGCUCGCCUGGGAGGCGCCACUCUGGACGUGGCAGUGCCCAGGUUUGCUGUUGGUAUUGUCAUCGGCAGGAACGGAGAGAUGAUUAAGAAGAUCCAGAAUGAUGCCGGAGUCAGAAUCCAGUUCAAAGCAGAUGAUGGUAUCAGCCCGGAGCGGGUCGCCAUGGUGAUGGGUCAGCCCGACCGCUGUCAGCAUGCGGUUCACCUCAUCAAUGACCUCAUUCAGACCGCGCAGGAGCGUGACGGCUUUGGAUCUGCCAUGCGUACCAGCAGGGUCAGAGGUCGUAGUGACUGGACUGUGGGUUCACCAGGACCACUUCAGGAAGUUACCUACACCAUCCCUGCUGACAAGUGUGGCCUUGUCAUUGGAAAAGGUGGAGAGACCAUCAAGAGCAUCAACCAGCAGUCUGGAGCCCACGUGGAGCUCCAGAGGAACCCGCCCCCCUCCACUGACCCCAACACCCGCGUCUUCACUAUCCGGGGCACCCCCCAGCAGAUGGACCUGGCCCGGCAGCUCAUCGACGACAAGAUCGGGGGUUCUGGCAUUCUGAGUAAUGGGGGCUUUGGCUUCAGCCCGUUCACCCAGGGCCCUGCAGCAACACACCACAAUUGUGGUAGUGGUCAGACCUUUGUGACCGGCGGCUGGGGAACCGCCUAUCAGACCAGCUGGCAGAACACCGGACAACAGGACCCUGGUCAACAGACUCAGACUCAGAAUGUGCUGACAGACUACACCAAGGCCUGGGAGGACUACUACAAGAAACAAAAUCAGUCGUCCCAGCAGACUACUGUACCAGACUACAGCGCAGCGCUAGCAGAGUACUACAGACAGCAGGGUCCAUAUAUCUGGCCCCAGUCCCAACCCCAGAUUCAGGACCAUUAAAGGCUUCUCCCACCGGCUAAGGUUUUUGAUGGUUGUCCUUGGCAACAGAAUUGGAGUUUCUAAGCAACGCUCUGCCGCUUCCUUCUUCCUUUUGUAGAGACAAACUAAGGAUUAACUGCAAAUCAAGAACUCUUUCUUUCUGUUUUUUAACCAUAAAGUUGAUAUUUUGACGGGCAGAUUUUUGGCCUCCAGUCUCCACAGUAUAGAGCUGUUUUUCUUUGUUUUAUAUCAAACUUGAACUUAAAGAUGUAUCAGUGUGGCUUUGAACAAAAUCCAGUAUAAUCUAUAUUUUGUCUAGUUUUAUUUUCCAAUACAAUGGUAUGAGGCUUGGCAGUCUUGAGGAGGAUCAUGUUCUUAUUUUUGUGAAAGAUGUUUUAAAGCAUGCGUCAGAUGUGUGAUGUGUUUUUCUUUUUUUUUUUAUUUGUUGGUAGAUUCCUUUUAAUGGCGUCGGCUGGUUUUGUUUUUCUACUAGGUCCCUGUUGGAUGACUGUUAAUCUAAUUUUUACCUGUAGAGUCGCCACCAUGGAGGUGCAAUGCUGUGUUUUGGUUUAAUGCUACAUGUUGUUCCUGUAGGCGCUUGUGAUUUCCUCAGUUUUUAUAAUGUAUUGAUACUGAGCUGUCUGAAGCCGCGUUUGUCUGUUGUCAAACAUGCCCCCCCCCCAACACACGCCACCGUUGAUCCCUAGAUGAUGGUACCACAAUUGAGUUGAGACAAAUAAUUUUAUGACGUGAAGUUACCACUGAAACUCGGUGCUGGUUAGCUGGUCGGCGGCUGACUGGUUGCUAGCUGGUGGCUAGAUUAGUGGCCAGCUGGUGACUAGCUUGUUGCUCGCUCGAGGCUAGCUUGUCACUGGCCGGUGGCGGACUGGAUGCAUAUACGGUAGCUUAAUGAUUAGACUUGUUAUUUUUGGGGUCUGACUGGUGUCAGACGGUUUCGCCACAGACACAUGUGUGUCUGACGGAUGAAUGGACUGUUGAGUUAAUUUGAAAUUUUGAAUUGGUGGUUCUGCUCUGUAUGUGUGAUGCUAUUAAUGAUGCUAUUACUUUUCUCCUGUACAAGGGUCUAUUUAAAUCUGUUUAUCCAAUAUGAAUUCAUUUUUGUCAAUAAGAGAAUAUGGUUUAUGUAAAUGUUCACUCUGGCGGGUGCUCUCCAGUUAAAAAAUGGACUUUGUUAUCUAAAUGUUGUUUAAUUCACUUGUGUUUCACCGUUGACAAAGAAGCUAAGUAUGUGUUAUAUUCUCAAGACUGCCUGGCCAACUGUCUCUUUUUCUGUCCUUUCUCUUUCUCUCAAUCUCUCUCUCGCUGUCUCUGGAUACACCCCUGAUUAAGAGGCUAAAUUAGUCAUUUAGUUUAUUCUGAUCACACGAUCAGGGUGUGUGGGUGUGGCCUGCCGAGGUGGGCGUUUCCAUGGCGGGGAGAGCUGUGAUGGGGGGCGGUCUGUCCUCAGAACAAAACCUGAGUGGACGGCGGCAUAAAUAGUGUCUCGUCCCAGCCUCAGGUGUGUGUGGGGGGGGCGGGCUUGGAUUCUGGCUCGUCUCCCCCCUCCCUUUUUCCUCCCACCACACAACCCUCCCCCCUCUGCCCAGGGGCGGUACCCUGGUUUAAGUUGUUUUUCUAACUGUGUAACCUUGAGAUUUUUCUAGAAGAUUCUAUUGACAGAUAGAGCUGUGUAUGUACUAGAGCCACGGAAAUACUGUUGGCUGAGGAAGAGGGUGACGAUUAACAUGUGGGCUAAUAAACAAGCUCCUCCUUUCUGAUUCAA